AUGGCUUCGCCGGACUCAUUCCUCGAUGUUGAGGAACGGAAUCGCCUCCCAACGCUCUUCGAGGUCUUGAGCCGUCGCACCCUGGCCCCUGUUGAUCUCUUCUCUUUCUACAUCUACAUGCGCGAUCAACAGCGCUCCGUGGAUUAUUUGGAUUUUUGGCUCGAUGUCUCGCAACACAUGUCGCUGUGCCGUCACUAUGUCCGGGAGCUUCGCCGUUCCGUCCUUGUCGCAACCCCCGACAUUGAGAGAGCCGAUAGUAAGCGGUCGUCCGCCAUGUUGGAGAACCUGGAGAACUUGGGUGAUAUCCCACUGGUGGAGGCUGGGCCUUCACGUUCGCACAACGAAAAGGACCGCGAUGCCGACCACCGCCUAUCUGCCUUCCUACGCUCCGAGGGCCACACCUCUUCCCACUCGCCGCAGAACAGUAUCGGCUCUCAGCAGUCUGCCGCUCAACGGACUCCUUCCAAUGACCCUCGUCCCAGCUCUGGCACUCGCAAUGGCGAUUCCAAUUCACCUGGCCACACUGUUGCUCGAAAUGAUAUCCGUGCUAGCGCCGAGAAGAUUCUAUAUACCUAUCUACUCCCUGGCGCCGAGCGCGAGAUCAUUCUCCCGGAAACAAUGGUCUCCACAAUCAUUAAUUUGAUCGAAGACGAUGGUCGUGACGACCCCGAGGUGUUUGACCCCGCGAAGGACUACGUUUUCCAGGCCAUGGAGCGAGACGCAUUCCCAGGUUUCUUGCAGGCCAAGGCUCUCGGUAACCUUGUGCCGCUCAGUAUCCUGGCCCGUCUUGCGUUUGCGUUGAUCAGUUUCGGGGGUGGUUUCUGGGGUGCCUUCUAUGUGGUCCUGCGCAACAAGCCUCGUGAUGUUCGUUGCUGGGUCAUCCUUCCCUUCGCGAUUGCGUCUUAUUUCAUCAUCUCCUAUCAGUACAAGAUUGACCCUGUCAUGGCGUUCCUUGGAUACAGCGAAUACACAUUUAUGACUUGGGCGCCAAUCCGGGAACCAUAUGUUCGCAAGUUGUUGAACAAGCGUGCUGUGGUCACUGCUUUGAUCUCGUUCUUGACUGCCGCUGCAUUGAGUAUCUUGUUCAUUUUUGUGCCAGGCACGAUGCUGUGA